UCAGCUGUUUGAAGCUGUUUAUGUUUUGUAGGAAGUAAUUUCUUUAGAUCACUUUCUGUGCCAGAGAGUCAUUUGUUUAUUAAUUAAAAUAAACCACUCGCAAAAUGUCGGAGGAUAUAUUAUUUGAUUUCUUGCACGCUGAAAUCGUAAAUUACUGUCUAAAUAACAACAACAAAGAGAAUGAUUUUUCCGCCUUGGAGUAUAUUGGAUUCAACACUGGAUAUCGCCUAAUUGAGCGUUUAACACGUGAUGUGCAUCGAUUUAAAGAUGAAUUGGAGACAAUGAAAUUUAUAUGCACUGACUUUUGGACACUUAUCUACAAGAAACAGGUUGAUAACUUGCGUACCAAUAACCAUGGCAUGUAUGUGGUACAAGAUAAAGCAUUCCGAUUUCUUACACGAAUAUCGACAGGCUCAAAACAAUUAGAACAUGCGCCCAAGUUCGUAUUUUUCACUUGUGGUCUGGUGCGAGGAGCAUUAACGAAUUUAGGUAUAAACAGUACUGUGACUGCCGAAGUCCAAGCAAUUCCAGCAUGUAAAUUCCAUAUAGAGAUAAAUAGAAACUAAAGCCUUACACAUUUAUACGCUAUGCAUUUUAAUUACAAUUUAAUGAGCUACAAAAUUAUAUAUUCGCAUAAAAGGCUAUGACAUCUUUUUCGCCAAUGCGUAUUGUA